AUGACGACGGCACGUGCGGAUUCGCCGCCCAACGGCAUAGACUAUCCCCACCAGCAACCCACGGGCCGCUUUUCCAAUGGCCUCAACUUCCCUGACCUCAUUGGUACGUAUAUAUGUCGUUGCGGCUCGCCGCUUCCGUUCUUAAAUCCGGAUCUUAAGGGAAAGAAACUACUGGCUGGCGCCAACUUUGCCUCUGCUGGGAUCGGAGUCCUCAAUGACACCGGCUUUCAGUUCGUUACGGUGUUGAAGAUGUACGAGCAACUGGGGAUGUUCCUGGAGUACAAGCACCGGCUGGCGGCGCUGAUGGGCCCGGCCAAGGCCCAAGAGGUGGUGAGCAACGCCGUGAUCCUCAUAACCUGCGGCGGGAACGACUUCGUGAACAACUACUUCCUCACCCCCGUGGCUCCCCGGCGGGAGCAGUACACCCUCCCGGAUUUCUGCGGCUACGUGAUGUCGGAGUACAAGAAGCACCUCCUGGCGCUCUACGGGCUGGGCGCCAGGAGGAUCGUGGUGACGGGAACCGGCCCACUGGGCUGCAUACCGGCCGAGCUGGCCUUCUACGGGAGCAUGAACGGCGAGUGCGCCGACGAGCCCCAGGAGGCGGCCAAGAUGUUCAACCCCAAGCUGUUCGAUCUUGUGGACGAGCUCAACAGGGAUAUCGGCGAGGACGUCUUCAUCUCCGCCAACGCCUUCUCCUUGAAGAUGGACAUGAUCGAAAAGCCGGAGCAAUACGGUUUUAAGACGUCGAAGGUAGCCUGCUGCGGGCAGGGGAUGUACAACGGGUUGGGGAUGUGCACAGAGAUGUCGAACCUGUGCAGCAAUAGGGACGAGUACGUUUUCUGGGACCCGUACCACCCCACGGAGAAGGCGCUGCGGAUCAUGGUGAAGAAGCUGAUGGAUGCUUCGACGGACCACAUCCGACCCAUGAACCUUAGCACCAUGAUGGCUGUUGAUGCUGUUGCAGGUGCUGAUAGAGCCAUUAAUUAA